UCAAAGAACUGCAGUUUUUGGCACUUCUGUGUUGAUUUCAUUUCACAGCCACGGAGGAUGACAACAAUUAAAAUAUGUAACCUAUUUUCUUGUGGUAGAAGCACAUAAACUAAACUGAUCGUUCUGCUUCUCCUGGUGAGAUUUGAAGUCACAUAGAGAACAGACCGAAUCAGCAUUGCGGCCUCGACGUUGCAGAGACGUGCCCAGUGGGGUUCUGGCAUAAAUGUUACAUAGAAAACCUUUAAGUACUGUAUCUAAAUAAAUGUACACGUCAUGUCAUGUUGCAGAUUUGACUGUGUGUAAUGUGAAUGAGUGCAUUUCCUACUCAGAUUUCAGACACAAGAUGAUGUAAUGCUUCCAGAGAAAUGCAUCGAUGAGGCUUGUACUUUACUUUAGUAUUACUUACUGUCUGCUGAAGCUACGACUAUGAGCUGAGUGAAAAGGCCACUAUGCAGCCUGCAGUUUACAGUGUGUGUGAGAGAAAAGUGAUCAGAGUGAUAGUGACUUCCACCAUGAUAAAACUGGGUCAAUGUAACCCCCACCCCCCUCCACCACAGGCAAGGCUGAAAAAGGAAAAAAAAAAAAGAGAGAGAGAGAGAUGAGGAUGUCAUCACCAGAGUCUGUGCGUGGAUAUAAGCAUGGGGACGCUGGAGCGUGGUUGGCUUUCUCCAUGGCUUUGCAUAAACCCAGAUGCCUCCCCUUCCUCUUGAUGAGCGCAUAGUGGUCAUUCAGCGCCCUAAAAACUUAGUCCUAUGCGAGGCCUCCCCGCAAACCAUCCCACAGCACUCCUCUCAAAUAUCAGCCUCUUCCAAUGGACAUGUCGCUCACCCUCCUCAUCAGUCCCAUUUCUAUUCACCCUCCUGUAAAUCUCUGACUUUGGAAUGCAAGCGCAGAUCAUCCCGUGUGCAGAAAUUCAAGGGCGACCAGCCCGUCAUCCCAGCGGGCGUCAGUCACAUCCCUAGCCACUGCCACAGUAAUGGCACAGUAACUCUUGGCCCACGGCUUCCCUCUCACACACAUACUAUCGAUAUAAGGCUCUCGGUUGACAAAGGAGGACGGGGAGGUGGAUUGAGCAACUCGUUAGGGCGUAGCGGAAGUGUAAAAGGUGGCAAGGGGAAAUGUGCCUCUUCACAGCUGGAUCAAGGACAAGGUGAGAGGAAAACUGGAACUGCAGGGAGGCCAGGUGGAGCCGAACACAAGUCGCAGCGAAGUCGCCAUAGUCAGCUGUCAACUUCACCCGGAGGCGUCCUACAGUUCGUCCCCGCUCAGGCGCAGCAGCAUAAGUUCAGGAGUGAAAAAGAAAAGGAGAACGGCAGUUUUCUUAACAGGAGCGAGCGUGAAGUUCCCUCUCUAGGUCACAAGAAAAAUUCCAAACUGGGAACUGUCCAUCAAAGCCAUAAUAGUCACAGUCUGCCCUACCACCACAACUCCGUCCCCGUGCCCCAUGCUGCCAUCCUAAACUCCAACUAUUCCUCAUCCCCUCCCUCCCAACCCACCCAUGUCCCAGUCUCGUUUCGGCAACUCAGCCAGCCGCACCCGUCCCACAUCCGGGAUCUCCACCCUCACAUUCUGCAUGCUCUACCCUUAUCCUCUUGCUCCUCCCAAGCCGGAGGCUUCCCCAGUCCUGACCACACCUGCACCAUCGACUGCACCCACCCGUUCAGUUGCGGCUGCUGGAGGUUGGUGAGAUGCAGAGGAUAUAAGGGGCACUCUGCGAGCUGCCAAGGAGGUGGAGGAAGCACUUCCACCUCGUUUUCCUGUGUUCACAAUGUCGGAGCAGUGAAGAGAGGAAGCAAAGAAAUGGGCCUGAGAAAUCUGGGUGGGUGUCUCUCCACCGCCUCCACCUCCAACACCUCUUCUUCCAACAGCACUGUGUCUGACUGCCGAGCAAACCUGUUCAAACCUCUUCCCUGUGCCUCCUGCUCUGGUGAAGCCGGAAACUUCGAGAGUCCCGCUAUCCUUCGCAAAAAACUGGUAGGGGGAUGCCUACCCUGUACCCCGCUGUCCUCCUCGGCCCCUCUGCGGGCGAUACAGAGCUGCGUCACGGGAUGCAACCCCAAAGCCUCUCAGACAGGCAGCUCUACCUGCAGCUACUGCAGCAGCGACCCCAUAGUGGUGACAUUCAACCCUCGCCGAGGCAAACCCCCAGGAAGAGGCAUCGGAGCAGCUCAUCAGAUGGGGAUGUUUCAAGCUGACGAUGAUGACUACAGCGUGCGUACUAUCUGGCCUGAAGAACUGGCCAAGAAGAUGACCCAUUCAAAAGCCCAAAAGAAUCACUGCGGCGGUGUCGGGAAGACCUGUGCAGGCCAGGUCCAAAAUGGCAGUAACGGAUCAGGCCUUGUCCUGCUGGACUGUCAAAACCUCCAGGAAUACUCGCACUCUCAGCUAACAGACCAUGCUGGCCGACGGCGGCUUCAGCAGGGGAAAAUGGCUGCCCUCGAUUUCAUGGGGUACAGGUCGAGAUCUGGGUACGACGAAGGCCGUAAUUCGCUAAAAAGGCUCUUGAAUAAAACCAAAGACGGAGGAAUGGGCGAUUGUCUCGAGCAGGACGGAGACGCAGCAUAUCCACGUUCCCCCUCUCCCCGCUCUGCCUCCCCGCCAUCACCUGUGUCCUUUUCCCCUCCACCAUCCGCCCCGAGCACACUCAUCAAACCCAAACCUUGGCAGAGGGACAGGGAGGGAGGACACUCUCUGCCGACGGCUCAGUCACUUCACCUGGCCCUCAACUCCCUGAACAGAGAGCAAGAUGAGGAGAACAGCAGAAUGCAUCUUUCUCUGCCGCUCUCCUCUUCGUUGCCGGCCUCUCUGUCCGAUGAGAGUGUGAUGACACCCGAUGCGGAGAACGCCGUCGUCAGUCCCAUCCUGCCCUUCCUGUUUCUGGGGAACGAGAGAGACGCCCAAGACCUGGACCUACUGCUGCGCCUCAACAUCGGCUACGUGGUUAACGUGACCACACACCUGCCGCUCUACCACGUCAACUCUGGACUGCGCUACAAAAGGCUGCCAGCCACUGACAACAGCAAGCAAAACCUUCGGCAGUACUUUGAGGAGGUUUUUGAGUUCAUCGAGGAGGCAUAUCAGAGUGGACAGGGAGUGUUGGUACACUGCCAGGCAGGCGUGUCUCGUUCUGCAACCGUCGUCAUCGCCUACCUUAUGAAGCACACCCUCAUGACAAUGACAGAUGCCUACAAAUACGUGCGGAGCCGUCGUCCGGUGGUGUCGCCGAAUCUAAACUUCAUGGGCCAACUUUUGGAGUUUGAGAGGGACCUCAACUCCGGGGUGACUCCUCGUAUCCUGAUGCCCAAACUUAACGGCGUGGAGACGCAGGUGUAAGAAAAGAUCAGGGGUCAGGAGCGUUAUGUUUACCGCAGGUCGAGAUGAAACUAGAUUAAAGUGGCAUUAAUGAGAGUCGAAGAAGUGCAGCACAUUUUAGAAGAGAGACACGAUGAGGAAUAUUACAAGUGGAAAAUUUGUGCACUUUUAAUACUGUGAACCAUGGGACAAAAGACUGAAUGCUUCAUUUGUUCAGUGGUAACUCUUAAAUAACACGAUCAUCAUCCAGUAUACUGUUUAUAAGAUAAUGUGCCAAUAUUUUGUAUAGACCUAACAUCACUCUCAGACGUUUCUUUUAUUCUUUUUGUUCCCGUUGUUUACAUUCACAGUGACUCUGUUGCCAUUACUCAUAAAUGCAUGCAGAACGGGAACGCAGACAUGGAAUGGGUUCGCUGGCAAUGUCCGACUUCAUCCACAAUGUUUCCAACCACAUGUAGCAACACACAGGUUAUUACAACGCACUUUACUUCCCAUGCAUCUGUUUUAUUAUCACCAACUGAACUGUCACUCAGACCUCAGUCACUGUUUUUGUAUGUGAUCAUGUCUAUUUGUUGUUGUUUCUUUGGGAGCGCAAUAGAGCGGCAGUAUGGACCUGGGAGGUAGCAUUGAGUAGCAUUAACCUAACAAACUUAUCACAAAGGGGAAAACAGCUCAUGGAAAUGUGUAAGAAUGGUUUUUAUUUCAGUGUAGCGGCCUGUGUAUGAGCACAGAAAAGUACUGCAGGUCUGAAAUAAUGCAAGUAAGUUCAAGGGGCAAUAUGUAAUUCCUGGCCAAAUGCUCGAAACAGUUCGACACACGUAAUAAACAUAGACAGUAUAAAUCAUAGGAUUUCAUACCCAUAACAGGUUUGUGAAGAGCAGUCCUGUCUCUGCCGCCUUCUGGCUAAUCUAAAAAUCGGCAAAGACGCGAAUCAUCUGCAGACCUGAGUGCUCAAACUAUCUGUAACAGCAUCUACCUGUUAAAACUACUCAAAGCAAACAGGUGAACAGCCUCUGUCACUGGCCUAAACUUACAUAUUGCCUCUUUAAUGUGUCUGAAUGAAAGCUGCAUGUUCAUAUGCAGGUUUAUACACUAAAAUAAGAUCUUUAUAAACACAUUUACAGCAGAACUGAAACCACAACUCAACAGUCAGAUAUUUUUUUAUGCAGAAUAUGAUUUACAGUAUAUUUGACUGGAGAUGUUCGGGUUAGGUGGCGGGUGUUAUCCUGCUGUAAUAAUGUGCUUUAAAAACAACAGACCUUC